AUGUCCGAGUCCGCCCCCAAGAACGUCAUCAACGUCGGCACGCGCAAGUCGCCCCUCGCAUUGGCUCAGACAAACAUCGUCGUCGACGCCCUCAAGGCCCAGUUCCCCGAUCAUGAAUUCCCCAUCCACGGCAUGACCACGACCGGCGAUCGAGAUCAGAACACGGCUCUGUACAACUUUGGAGGCAAGGGAUUGUGGACGUCGCAGCUUGAGGAGAGACUCGUCAACAAGGAGCUUGACCUUGUGGUUCACUCGCUCAAGGACAUGCCGACGGCCUUGCCCGAGGGCUGCGUUCUCGGAUGUGUGACGUCCCGCGAGGACCCGAGGGACACACUGGUGAUCAAGAAGAGUCUGCAGGAGAAGCACGGCUGGAAGACGCUGGCUGAUCUGCCGGCUGGCAGCAUCAUCGGCACCAGCAGCGUGCGUCGCAUCGCUCAGCUGGUCCGACGGUACCCCACGCUCAAGUUCAAGGACCACAGAGGCAACAUCCAGACCCGGUUGCAGAAGCUCGAGGACGACCCGGAACUGACUGGCAUCAUUCUUGCCGCCGCAGGUCUCCAGCGCAUGGAUCUCGGCCACCACAUCUCUCAAUUCCUUGAGUCCGACACGGGAGGCAUCCUGCACGCCGUCGGCCAAGGUGCUCUGGGAGUCGAGUGCCGGGCGGACGACGAAAAGGUGCUCAAGUUCCUCAAGACGAUCGAGAACGAGCAAACUAUGCUGGCGUGCGAGGCGGAGCGCGCCGUCAUGAGGGCGCUCGAGGGCGGGUGCAGCGUUCCCAUCGGAGUCGAGACCAAGUGGGUGGACGGCAAGCUACGGCUCAGAGCUACCGUCGUCUCUCUGCGGGGCGACGAGGGUGUCGACUCUGAGAUGACGGAGGAGAUCAAGACACAAGAGGAGGCCGACACUUUUGGCAAGAAGGUGGCCAAGGAUCUCGUGGACCGAGGAGCUAGCAAGAUCCUUGAUGCCAUCAACGAGAAGAGGCAAGUGCCUGAGACGGUCAAGUAG